AUGUCCUCGGAGCCGCGAUCUAACUCUCACGGCUCGACGGCGGCUGGCUCUACACCAAGCCAUGAGCACUCCACCAACAUGAACGACAAAGAGAUGUCAUCCACAGCGCCGACGCCAGCGCGUCAACCUCCUCAGCUCGGUCAAGAGACGUUCUGGUCGCCGCGGCUUCGCGCUCAGCGCGGCGGUUAUCUCAAGGCUAUGGGCUCCACGAUCUUUCUGAUCAUGAUCUUUGUUUGGGCAGUGAUUGCCAUCUACUGGGGGUCUGUUUGGAAGGAGAUCGACCUCUCGCCUAAUCUCACCGCGUGGAUUGUCAACCGCGAUUCGGGCGCCAUUGGUGCAGCCAUCCAAGAAGCACUCCUUGACGUCAACAAGAACGGCACAAAACCACACAGCACAUGGACUCUCAUCGACCCUGUCCGCUACCCCACCCAAGAGCAGCUCGACUACGAAGUCACCAACACGCAGUCUACCUGGAUGAUCGUGACUGUUGCAGAGGAUGCGACCGCAAAGCUGGAGCAGGCGCGUGCCAAUGGCGAUGCAUCGUGGAACCCCCAAUCGCUUAUCUCCCUCACUUAUGCCACUUCGCGCAACUUUCAGGUCGUGCCUUCGAUGGUUCUCGCUCCUGCUACAGCUACACUGAACAAGGCGAUCGCACGGUUGAGCGCACAGCUCGCUGCAGAAUACUUUUCGACAAUAGCCGGCAACCAGACCGCCAUCAACAACCUCGCCAGGGCGCCACAGACCAUCGCAUCUCCUGUCGCUCUUCACAACCGUGAUCUGCGGCCUUACGACGUCACUGUCGCGAUCGCAGUCUUGGUAGUGGGCUUGAUCUACCAGGUUAUCUUGACGUUGCCUAUAACCAUGGCAAACUUCGGUGCAAGGCAGGGACUGCAACCGUUCCUCAGAUACCGCUCCUUGGUCGCGAUGCGUAUUAUUGCGCCGCUCGCAAGCUACUUUUUCUUGUCGCUCAUGAUCUCGCUUCUCAACAUCCCUUUCAAAGUGCCAUACGGACGUACUUUCAGCUACGGAGCUGGCUUCAUGACCUGGUGGAGCGCCACAUUUGUCGGCAUGUGCGUGCUAGGUCUGGUGGUCGAAUGCGCCAUUUCCCUCGUUGGUCCCAAGUUUAUUGGUUUCACCCUCAUCUUUUGGAUCAUCAUCAACGUCUCGGUGGCCAACCUUCCGAUCGAGCUCUCCCCUUCGUUCUACAAGUACGGUUACUCGAUGCCAUUCUACAGUAUCCAUCAGAUCUACACCAAGAUCAUUUUUGAUGUCGGUCAGCGCGUCGAGAUUCUCAAAUGGUUCGGCAUUCUUUGGGCGUGGCUCGCCGUCAUCCUGCUCACGUUCCCCAUCUGGAUCUACCUCGAAGUCAGAUCGGCACAGAAGGCUCGUCAGGCACAGACACAAAAGCAGCAGCAGCAAAAGAGCCAGUCCGAGGCUUCGCAGUAG